CUAUUGAAAUUAAAUAGAAGUUGAAGUAGGGUUAUAAUAGGUUGUAUCUUCUCUUUGGAUGCAAACACCGUAGACGCCGUUCAGAAAACCACAGCUAUGGCGGAAAAGAAGCGCAAAGAGAGGGAGGAAGGAAACCGGCGAAGACACAAGUCGAAGAGGAACUCCAACACUCAAUACAAGAAGAGAGGUCCUCAUUUGCCUUCUUCUCUGCGAAAAGAGCUUGACCGUUUAAAUCCCACCACUUCGUUCAAUACCAUUGAUUCCGAUGACGACAAUGACAUUUACGAAUACGAGGAAGAACGAGCCGAGGAGGAGUCCACCAAAAACAAGCGUUACGACCCUGCUUCUGUCAACGACGACAAACUUUCUCAGGAAUUCGAGGAUGAGAAUGUGCAAUCUGAUGAUGAAAAUGAGGAUGAUGAUGAUUACAUUGGGACAAAGGGUAAUGAAAAUGCCCUGAGUGACGAUUCUGGAGAGGAGGAUGAUGGAAGGCAUGCAAGGAUGCUGCAAGGAAUUACCGGUAUGCCAAGUGAGGCUUUUGAAGAGAAUAAGAAAAAGAGGAGGAUGAAUGACACUGUUAUACCAGAGCUGUAUCCGGAGUCUGAAUAUAAUCCUAGCCGUGAUGUUGUGGAUGGUGAUGGACGUAUUAGCAUUGAGGACCUUCUGAAUCCUCUUCGUGAAAAUCCUGGUUAUGGAAAACUUAGGAAGAGAAUGCAACAAAUUGAAAAAAAUACUAGAACUAUUCAUGCACCACUUUCAAAAACUGCUCAGGUGAAGGUAGAGAGGAAGGCAGCAUAUGAAAUAUCAAAAAAAGAUGUCACAAAGUGGCAGCACAUUAUUCAGAGAAAUAGAGAGGCACCAACUCUUUUCUUUGAUGAACAUGUAGAUUUGAAGUUUUCAACUGUAGGAGCAAUAGCUUCUGAAUUUGAACCUAGAACUGAAUUUGAGAGGAAAAUAGCUGCACUGGUUCAUGAUGACAAAGUUAUGGAAGCUCAUAAAAAGGAUGGUUCUAGGCUUCUUGAAAUGAACAAGGUCUCUAUUGAAGAUGAGAAAGAUAGGCAAAAUCGGAUUGCUAAAAUGCGGAGCCUUCUUUUUCGUCAUGAAUUGAAGGCAAAGCAUAUUAAAAAGAUCAAGUCCAGAACCUUUCAUCGUUUAUUGAAGAAAGAUAGAUCAAAGGAAGAAGCUUCUCGGAUUCAAAUGGAUCCUGAAGCUGCUGAAGAAUAUGCCAUGAAACAGGAGCGUCUAAGGGCAGAGGAACGCAUGACUCUGAAACACAAAAACCAGAAUCGGUGGGCUAAGCGUAUUUUACAGCGUGGUUUAAAUAGUCAAGAUGAAGGAACACGUGCUGCCAUAGCUGAACAACUUCAAAGGCAUGCUGAAUUGACUAGAAAAAUGCACUCUAUGAAGGGUAGCAGCAGUAGCAGUGAUGAUACUAGUGAUGAGGAUGAUGGAGAUGAGAACUCUACUGGUUCUGAUCAAGAUAGGGCGUACAAGCUUUUGGCAAAAGCAAAAGAUAAAACAAUGAAAGUGUUAGAGGAAGAGGAUGAGGUUCCUAAGUCAGGAUUGCUUUCUUUACCUUUUAUGAGGCGUGGAUUGGAGAAAAGAAAAGAGGCAGCUGUUGAAGAAGCCAACCUUGCUCUUCAAGAAUAUGAAGAUUCUUUGAAGAAGGUGGAGAAUUCUGGUGGCUCAGGAGAUUCAAAAGCUGCUUCUACAAGUGGAAGAAGAGUAUUUGGAACAGCUAAAGCCCCGGUAUCUGAUACCGAAAAUAGGGUGAAAUCAGAUAAGUUUUAUGGUGGCAGCGAUAGUGAAGAUGGCUUAGGGAUCAGCGAAAGUGGCAACAUAGAGAAUGGGGGAGGUGACCUUUUGCAUAAGGAUGUAAAAAAUGAUUCGUUCUUAAUUCAAGAAGACAUUGAUGUUCACCAGGAAUCUGUUUUUAAGAAUUUUGAUGAUAUUAUUAAAAAUCCUGGGCCAAAAACGACAUAUGAAGUUUCGAUAUUUGCAUCAGAUACAUGGAAAAAGGCAAAAAACAAAAAUGAAGAAGGCACAAAUAUCAAAAAGUCUUCAAAGCUUGUAGGGCCUGUUAGGCAAGAUAUAAAAGAUACUAAUAAGGAAUUUGGAGAGGACAGUGAUACGGAUAGUGGACAAAUGGUAGAUGGAAUUCUGUCUUCUGUAUCUAAAGUGCCUUAUGAACUUCCUUCUCAAGAGGAGCUCAUACGGCAAGCUUUUGCGGGUGAUGACGUUGAAGAUGAUUUUGAAAAGGACAAGCAGGAGAUCCUCAACGAAGAAAAUCCUGCGCCAGAAAAGCCUCUAUCACUUCCUGGGUGGGGCCAAUGGACACAUAUACAGCAGAAGAAAGGCUUACCAUCUUGGAUACUGAAAAAACAUGAAGAUGCCCAGGAAAAAAGGGCAGAAGCCCUCAAAAAGAGGAAGGAUGCUCAGCUAAAAAAUGUGAUUAUAUCUGAGAAGAUAGAUAAGAAGGCUGAGAAACUACAUACUAAAGCGAUACCAUUCCCUUUUACUUCCAAAGAGGUCUUUGAACAGAGCAUGCGUGUGCCCAUAGGACCUGAAUUUAAUCCGGCAACUGCUAUUGGUCCUCUUAACCGGCCUGAAGUGGUGAAGAAACCAGGUGUUAUUAUAAAACCAGUAGAGUUUGAAGAAGUGAAUCCUCAUGAAAGACUAGAGCAACAGAGCGGAGAUAAGCAGAAAUCUAAGAAAAAUAAAAAUAAAGGCAAUGGUGGCAAACCCAUGAAAAAGACAAAGGUGGGAGGAAAAAGUUAACGGGCAGGAAGUUUUGGUGCCGAUUCAGUUCUAGAAAAUAUUCGCAGUUUUCAGUCACUUUGCGAGGUUACAAGAAAAAGGCUAAGUUAAAAGAAAAAAAGGUGCAGAGUAUACUUAGCUCGAAAGCACGGGGUAUACAAGAAAGAAAAACAAUUUUGGUUAAGGAAAAGAAAGAAGAAAUAGAAUAUAGGACAGAGGCUUAUCUGUAUUUUCAUUGUAUCGUAGAAUUGUUGUUGAUUAUAUUAUUUUCACGUCUAGCUUCAAUUUAUUAUUUUUUUUCCAAUUGAUAUAUGCUCAGGAGUAGUGUGGCAAAGAACCUGUUAUUUAUGUGACAUUUCUACUCCCGUCAUUCGUUCUG